AUGAAUUUAUUUUUGCUUGUUUUCUUGCUUUUCACUUCGAGUGCGCAGACGCUAAAAGGCCUGCAAACAAAAUUGCUCGCUCUUCAAGCCAAAGCGGACAAGAAAUUCAAAGACUAUGAAGUCGCCUUCACCAUGCUCGGAAAGAGAUUGUUCGCCGUCGAAGAGAACCUCUCCAAAUCGCUGAAGACUAUCGACGAGCAGCAGGAAAAGAUCGACAAAUUGAUCCACGCGCAGCUUCUUUGCGGCUGCUCGAACGAUUACAACACCGAGAACUUUCACGGAAAACGGCAUCAUGUUGGCGUCAAUCUUCUUUUGGACUUACUUCUGGAAGGGAACAACUUUUCAAAGACCAAAAAGUCUGUUUCCACGCCAACUACGACAAUGAAAACGACCACGACGAAGAAAACCUCAACAACUCGGAAAACAACAACGAGAACAACGACAACUACAACAAAACGAACUUCAACUACGAAAAGAAUGACGACCACGCAGCCGAUUCCCACAAAUCCACCUCAAAAUCUGGGCGGAUUCGAUAUUGCAGAAGAAGUAACGACUGCCUCCACAUCUGACUACGAAACUGACGACUCCGGCGAAGAAGAUAAUGAGGCAAAAUGCAUCGAAAAAGCGAACAUAAACGCGUUCGUCAUGUCAAAAUGGAAAAACACGCAAGAAAAUCUGUUUCAAUUCAACGGAGAUGUCAUCGCGCAGCUUCCGAGUACUCUUCCUCCCUUUUCGAUUUUGAUGAUUAAAUUCGACCCGCCUCUCGUUGAAAUCGAGACUUGGGAUGCGGACGCGACUCCAGUCGACAGAGAAGGACAGUACUGGGCCUUUGCUCCCAAGUAUCGCGACAAAUACGAGACUUUCGCCGGAAAAGAGUGGAAAUUCAACUUUAUGGGGAAGCUGGAACAAGAUGCGGAGCCGAAGAGCGCUGGAUUCUUUUGCGACAAAUAUCCUCUUCAUGGCCAAUUCGGCGAGCCAGACCCAGAUCAGUCGACAAUCGCUGAGUUCUCCCAGCAAUUCACGCGCAAAAAAUACAAUCCAACUAUGUGUUCUGCCGCUGUUUCUGGAAAACCCCCGUCGAAUCCAAGAAACACGGAGCCGAAAUGGUUGGAGGCGUCUGAAGGAGAAAAGAACUUUACAAAGGGCUACGAGCUCAACGAAGUACUGACCAAGUCGAUUUUGUUUUACGAAGCGCAGCGGGCGGGACCACUUGGCGAUGAGAACAGAAUUCCGUGGCGCGGGCAUUCUACGCUCAAAGACGGAUGUGGCGUCAAAGCGAAUCUCGAGGGCGGCUGGUUUGACGCUGGCGAUCACGUCAAAUUCGCCCUUCCCGCCGCUUUUAGCGCUACUCUUCUGGCUUGGGGAAUCUUGGACUAUCACCCGGCCUACACUGCUGCUGGCGAGCUGGAGAAUGUGGUUUACUCGAUCAAGUGGAAGCUGGAUUGGUUGAUGGCGGCGCAUCCGAGCCCGAAUGUUUUCUACGCGCAAGUCGGCGACGGUGAUCUUGACCAUUCUUACUGGGGCACGCCGGAGAACAUGAAAAUGAAGCGACCAGUGUACAAACUGACGACGAAAAAUCCCGGAACGGAGCCAACAGCAGAAGCCGCAGCAGCAAUGGCGGCGGGGUCGAUUAUUUUCCGCGAAAUCGACGCCGAGUAUUCCACAGCUCUUCUCGGCCACGCGAUGGAGCUUUUUGCAUUCGCGGACAGAUACCGAAAAGAGUACCACUACUCCAUUCCCGAAGUGGCUAAGUUCUACAAAAGCUGGAGUGGAUACAACGACGAGCUCUGCUGGGCAGCUGGCUGGCUCUAUCGCGCGUCGGAGAUCGAGUACUUUUCUGAAACUGCGAGGGGCUACUACAAGUCCUUAAAAUGCAAUUACGCUUCUUCAUCUAUCAGCUGGGACGACAAAUCGCUCCUUGUGCAUCUUCACAUGGCUCAACUGUUUCCAGAAGACGAGUCCUACCGCAAAAACGUCGCUCGCGAAGCCGACGCGCUUAUCAUCAAGCACAACAAGACUCCGAAAGGCCUUCUCUUCAAUCCAGAAAUCUCAAAGUGGGGCUCACUGCGAUACGCCUCCAACUGGGCUUACUUUCUGCUUGGCGCUGCUCGACUGGAGCCAAAACUUCCCAACCAUAAAGAGUACUACGAACUGGCGAUUGGUCAGCUGGGCUAUGCUCUUGGCGACACUGGGCGGUCAUUUGUCGUCGGUUUUGGGAAAGAUCCGCCGAAGCAGCCGCAUCAUCGCUCUUCUUCCUGCACGCCCGGCGAGGACUGCUCAUCGAUGGGCAACGAUGCAAGUCGACCAAAUCACUUCACCCUUUAUGGCGCGCUCGUUGGCGGCCCGAAUGGAAACGAUCAGUACGCAGAUGCUCGAUCAGACUACAUCGCGAAUGAAGUGGCGAUCGACUACAACGCUGGCUUCCAAGGCGCCAUCGCUGGCUGGAAAUGCUUCGCGAUGAAAGAAAAGUGCUGGAAUUUUUGA